UUUUCCUUAACCAUUAUGUGGCGAAGCACGUACGACGUUCGAGUCGUGUCUGGUGUUCUUCUACGACAAGUGGGCGACCAAAAUGCAGUUCCUGAAACGUCAUUACAAGGUUCGGAUCAAAGGACGCGGCCUUGUGGCGUUGGAAUGGGAGGCUGGAGCGGAGACGGAGGAGCGCGUGCAGUGUAUCGUCGUCGCAGAGAGAAACGUGCUGAAGAAAACGCUGGAGAGAAAACCACGAUUGUUUAAUUUCCCACAUAGCCUGUACAUUGAGGUAGCAUACCAAGAACCGCAACGACUGCCCGAGUCGGAUCAAUUGCGUUACCUCCCGUCCAAAACUAGCACAACGAGAGAUCUGUAUUCUGCCACCCCAACGAGACACCCCCGUGGUGAAGUACACGCACCUGCGAAGAAGAUGACUGUGAGUGUGACGGAUGAGAGCUGCCCUACACGCGCAACAGCGAUCCAAAUCAACAUUUUCUAUCCGACGAUCGAGAAGAUGCCGAAAAUCAAGUAUGUUGGUGACAUCAUUCGCUUUCACAAAGUAAAAAUUCAGCAAUAUCAAGACAGAAUUCAAGGUCUUAGCUCACCCCGUGCAACACGGUAUCUUGUUCUGCGAGAGCAGCCGAACGGUGCACUCGAACAAGUGACAAACUCCGAUACAUGGACAUUCAAGCCUUCUGAUGAUCAGCGAACCCGGAAACUCCUGAAAUGGGCCCGGAAGAGUUUAGCCGAGGAUGAUACGUUACCUCAGGGAUGUUCUCUUGCGCCGAAGCUGCUAUCGGAGCUGAGGUUUGCAGAAGGGUUUAUUGACCUCGUGGUGCGGGUUCUGAAUGUGGACGACAGUGACGAGCCCGACAAAAGCGCUGCCGUCCCUCCCUACGGACUAUUGAAGGAAGUCAUCAUGUCAUCGUGCUGGUCUGUCGUGCGUGAGAUGGGCUUCGUCGACGGAAUGCUCAAAAACUGGUGUCGCUUUCGCAAUUUGGCAGUCGGCAUAGAUGAACCUAUACCAGGGACUGCCGUUGCUCCUGGAGGAAGAGAAGUCCUGCGGUUCCGAGAGGUAACCUCUUUCGUGUUGAUGCCCGACUUUGCGUUGGAUGUACAGCGACGUUGUUCAUUGACGACGAGACCGAACUUAAGUACAACAGCCAGCAAUGACCAGAUCCGUGCCCCUUCUGUAGCAGAGAACCUUGUCCGAGGCGGACUCCGACCCGUGCAGGUUAUCACGGUGAUUCCUGAUCGUAUCCAGAAGAAUAUCCCGGUGACUCCUUUGCGCGAGAUCCUCAGUUCUUCUCAAGCCCCUCGGAAGUUCCACUGCUGCGCUCGCGUCCGUAGCAUUUGGCCCAGCGAUAUCGAAAAAAUCUGCAAACCAACGUCUGGCAACACCAGUGAGUUCAUUUACUCGUUCGCUUUGACUGUCGAACAAGAGAGCGAGUCCAUGAACAUAAUUGUGUACGGCAAAGACGCGCAGAAGCACAAGCUCCAAAAACUUGUUGGAGAAGCGUCUUACUGCUCUGUUGAAAGCGUCUAA